CAAUGUGGAAGUCACAUGGCGACUAUUUCAUAGAGGUUUAUUGGUUUCAGACGGUGAUUCUUGGUCUUUAAACAAAUCAAAAAUCAUGGUUAGGAGAAAAGAAACAAAUACGCACAGGUUUAAGGGAUUUUCCGAUCGUAUUGCAGCUAUAAAAAUCGAUGUCACUCACAGAAUCCAAAGAAGUACUGAGAUCCCAGAGGAUGAAGACACGUUCUUUUAUGAAGGGCUUGCUAAAUGGACGGAGCUAAACUGCACUUUACACUUCCAAGAAUUUUCUUCGGAGGUAAAAAAAUAUGCUCAUAGUCUAGCUCAGCUUGUUCACCACAAGAACGAAGUCAUAGAGCUGCUAAAAACUCAUCUACAAGUGAAUGGAAGUCUCGCUUUGGAGCCCCUCUUGGAUCUGGUCGUUCAGGUGGCCAGAGACUUGCAGAGCGACUUCUAUCCUUACUUCAGUAGUUUCUUUAAUGUAUUUAUAUCACUACUGAACCGAUGUUGGCAAGAUACUCACGUACUGGAGUGUAUAUUUACGACUCUGAGCUAUCUUUUUAAGUUUCUUUGGAGGUAUAUGGUAAAAGACAUUCAAGAUGUCCUCAGUUUGUACAGUCCACUACUUAUGGGUGAACAAAAGAACUACAUCCGGCAGUUCGCAGCAGAGAGUUUUUCAUUCCUCAUGAGAAAAAGCAGAGACUUGAGCAAACUCUUUGACAUAAUAUUUAGCACACUUGAAGUACAGCCAGACUUAUGCCAAGGACUUGGAUUCUUGUGUUUUGAAAUGAUGAAAGGAGUCAAAAGACUGCUUCAUUCCACCACAGAUUCUGUUUUACCUGUCUUGCUUUCAAAAACUGGAGUAUUACAAAGCAAGUCAGUUGACACUAGUUUGAAAUGGGAACUGGUCUAUCAGUCAGUUGUGCACAUGCUUGACAGAAUGGCACAAUACACUGUAAAGGAACAUUGCCAGGUUGUGGAAAAAUCUAUGGUUCUGGAGUUGGAAAGGCUGUGGAGCAUUUGGAAUGAGAAACGGGUGAAUAUUGAUCAAGGAGGGUCCCUGAAGAAUCACAUAAGUUUCAUUCUACAGCUGACUAAUGUUUGGGUUUCCUACAAGUCUGGUAGUUUGAUUUCUGACCCAAUAAAGAUAUGUAAUGUUGUUCUGAUGAUGAUUGUUCAGGAUUUCAUGUCAGAUGACAUUGCCUCUCCAUUGUUUGAACUUAUAUCAACACUUCUGCAAACAUCCUUCACAGAUAUCUCCAGAGAGAGACACCAGAAACAACUGACAUUGAAAGUUUUUAAGACGAUAGACAGUCAAGAACAAUUGUUUAUGUUUUGUAGACGUUUGUUAAAGUGGGAACAUUUCCAGAGAGAUGUGUUACCUUCUUUGUUGAACUUUUGUCAAGAAGAGCUGAUGAAAGGUUCAUCUAAAAUUCAAGAUAUUUUACUUAUUCUUACAGAGGUCAUCUUUCAAAAUGCUUCUGCAGAUAGUAGUGGACUUGAUUUGGCAAGCUUGAAAGGGUUGCUUUUUUUUCCAAAAUGUGGCACCAGGCAAGGUGCAAAGAUUUUGACAACCAUUGUUGAUGCCUUAUCAAUAGACAACAACACAGCUGUAGAUAAAAGCAAGCUUUCCUUAACAUGGAGUUCUCUUGUGUGCAUUCCCUGCAUAAGUCCCUUAGAUGUUGUUCAGUGUUGUGACAAGUUCUUGAGUUUCAUUCGCAUCUUCAGUAAAGACUUGCUGGCAAAUGUGAGUGCAGAGGGCACUGCACAGCGCUUGAGUGUUUUAGGACAGGCAAUUCAGUCGUACAGUUUAAUUGUGGCUGAUGCAGAGGACAUUGGGAAGAAUUUGACCUUGGAGUUCAUAGAAACACUUCUCAGAUCAUGGCCCAACAAUGUUCACAUUCUGCAAGCUUGUCACAAACUUACAGCAGCCUUGACGCAGCAUGGCCUGGAAAGGAUCCUAGUUGAACAAAAUCUUCAGCAGAUAUUUCCUUACCUCCGGCUCAAUCUGUGCUCUUCAAGUCACCUUGUGCGUCUUCUCACUCUUAAGAUUUUGGCAAGUUUUGAGCAGCUUGAAAGGAGUUCAUCAAGCAACAAGAAGCCCUCGUUAUUUAAAAUGUGUCUCGCCUCUGAGGAACUUCCAACACGUUUGGAAACGUACAGAGACAAGCUGGUGUGUCUGCAGAAAAUCCGUUUCUCCUCGGCGUUUUACGAUGAGCUGGCAGAUUUCUACAGAGAUGCUGCUGUGCUUUACUUGUGCGGAAUGCUUUCUGUGAACUUCAGUCCCCUAUGGGAUCCAGUGAUCGACAUUAUAUCAAGUUUUGCUCAAGGCUCGAAUGUAAAACACUUCUGGAGAAUAUACAGUGAGCUGCUUCACACAGCGUCUGACCAAACAGAAGAAAAGCUUGAAGAAGAAAUGGUUACAGGUAGCAGUGAACAACUAGAAAUUGAGAAUGGUGAACAAGAGGACAGUAAUUCGAAGAAGUGCCUUGAUGAAAUAUUUGAGAACCACAACAAGGCCUCACUGGGUUCACGAGAGGAGAACAGAGGAGACCCUGUUAACUUCCGUCAUCUGCUGUGGAAAGCAAUGGCUUCAUUUCCGGAAGUCGCCGAGCGGAAGUCACGGGAUGUGGUACCGCUGUUUCUUCGAUUUGUUAGCAACGAAUAUUUUGUGGCGAUGGAAAACGUUGCUCCUUUGCAAGACAUCCGAGUUCAGCACCUUUCUGAACCACCAGGCACCGCGGCAGAGUUUGAUCGGACAGACUCCAUGGAGACGGAAGCAAAUCUCACUAAUUCCGAACCACAAGGAAAUUUGCACAAAAAGAGACACAAGGCAGCCACAAAGUCUCUUUGUAUUCAUCUGAGCCUCUUCACAGCUUUCAAGAACCCGAAAGCUCUUUUCAAAGAACCCCAGUUGAGGGAGUUUUACUUGAGAUUCUUAACUCACAGGGAGGCUGAAGUACAAAAGCUUGCAGUGCAGUGCCUGUGGACUUAUAAGUUUGAUUAUCUUGAGCCAUACAAAGAGGCUAUCGAGCGCUUAUUAGGCGAUGAGAACUUUCGUGAUGAGAUGGCGCACUUUUCAGUGGACGAGGAUAGCGGCAUUGUGAUGAAAAGUCAUCGAGAAGGACUAAUGCCAGUUCUUAUAAGGCUCUUGUACGGCAAGAUGCAAAGACUGACUGGUACAGGAAGUGGCGGACGAGCAGGCGUGGGAGUGAGGCGAGCUGUCGUGCUGAGGUUCAUGGCGUCUUGUCCUCAGCAAGAGAUAAAAAUUUUCAUGGACCUGAUUUUUGCUCCAUUUAAACACCUUUGUAGUGAAGAUGAUGCAAGUGCGAUUGUUACCGUGUCAACAGAACUCUCGCGUGUUGUUCCUCUAAAGAAACAGCAAGGUUUUCUGGGAAUGGUGUCACAAAUCCUGGAUAAACUGGGUAACCUGGCGACGUCAUUUCUUCCUUCCAUUCUGAAAAUUAUCCUCUCGCUGCUCUCGACGUGUGUAUUUGCUCUGGAACAUCGUGAAAAGGUACAACCAUCGUUUAUCUCGCAGCUGAAAACAAUUCGACAGAUGGCCAUCAUGCGCUUGACGGAAUUUUUUGAAUCUAUGGCCGAUUAUGACUUCAAACCCAUUUGUGAUGCGUUAUUCUCGUCUGCCCUAUGGCCUCAGAUAGAGAAAUUAAAUCAAGAGAGCAUUCAACACCCAACUCCAUUGCUCAAGCUCUUGUUCGCUUGGUCCAAGAGUAAUCGUUUGUUUCCCUUGCUGUCAAGAAAACCAGUCGAGAAGCCCCACCUUUCCAUCAUGUCAUGUGUGUUUGCGUGUCUACACGUCCCGUCAGUAUCAGCAGAAGUAGUUGCCAUGGUAAUGGAAAUGACGGACAAUCUUCUUGUCGCUAGACAACCAGAUGCGGAUGAUGAAGAAAGUGAUUUGAUGGAUUGUGGCUCUGAAGUGGGAAAACUUUCGAGCUACGAGUUUGUCGAAAGAAGGCCCAGUUACGGAACAUUGUUGGUUCUGCCACACCUCUCGGCGCUCUUGGAAUAUUUGAGCCGAUCCGUACAACAAGCCAUCGACAGUUCUAAAGGAAAGAAUCGAGGAAAAGAUAUGCUUCCCCAAAGAGAGCUUUCAGUGUUGUCUAAAAUAAGUCCGUUUGUGAAAGACGCCAACGAAUCUUCUAUUCUGAUUGAGGUGCUUCUGCCUUUCAUGAGCAGCUAUCAAAAAGAAGAGACGGCAAACAAUAUUCUAAAAACUGUUAAAAGUCUUUUGGCGAACGUUGGCACUUCAAGAAACUUUGUUUCGUCGUUAUCGAAGCUUUUCUCGCAAAUAAACGUUCGUAGAACGAGGCAGUGUCUAUGUGAAUUGUUCCUUGAACUGGGUAACAUGGAUUCAACUUUCUCUUCCGAGAGUUGCGACAUUCUUGCUGAUUUAAAAUCCUGGAAUCCUCAACGCCUCGAGGAGCCUGAUUAUGAUAGAAGACUCACCGGCUUUGCAAAUGCAAAGCGUUUGAUUGGACAAGAUGCCCUGAAAACUGAAGAGAUUUUACCAAUACUGCACAACUGCAUUUACUUUGUUUUAUGCAGCGAUGAUAUGUCUAUUAGAGACAGUGCUGGCAGCUGUAUGAGCUGCAUCGUGCAUAAUGUUGUCCAGCGGAGUGGAGUAGACGAUGAGCGAUUUCAUGGUCUUAUUAUCAAGUGUCUGCUACCCGCUCUCAAAAGGGUUCUUGCAUCAAAGAAAGAGCUUGCCAGAAACGAAUUUCUAAGCGUACUUUCAACGAUGGUCCGUCAAUUUGAACACGAGUCCUUCUCAGACCUUAAGGUUCUCUUGGACGAUGAUCUCGAGAAAGACUUUUUUGAAAACAUCAAACACAUUCAGCUUCAUCGUCGUAUUCGUGCCCUACGUCGCCUGCAGUCACAUUGUCAGCAGCAUAGCCUCAGAACCACAACCCUGACAGCUUUCCUCUUGCCAUUAGUAACACACUGUGUUUUUGAUCACACCGCUGCGAAGGAGCAUAAUCUUGUGACCGAGGCUGUCACCACUAUUGGAACAAUAUCGGCCAGUUUACCCUGGUCCAAGUAUAGAUCCCUCCUAAGACACUAUCUGAAACUGUUACCUGUUGAAAAAACUUUUCAGAAAGUGAUUGUCAGAAAGAAAUAAAACCGCUGAAAGAAUAAAAACCAACCUCGAAGAUGAAAAAACCGGACCUGGUAGAAGUAAGGAAGUGGAUGAUGGAGAUAGUGCUGUUAAUAAUGAUGACGAUGAUAAAGAAGGAGGAGACGACGAUAUCGGUGAAGCAGAAGACACAGGAAAGAAUGGAACACUAGAUCUCUCCAAAGAAGAACUUGCUAUGCGUAUCUACAACACAAUUACCUCCAGUAUAUUACCUCAAUUGCAAAAAUGUGUGACCAAAAAGAACAAGUCGGCUAAUUUUCACCGACUGAGUCAUCAGAAGGCUGAAGACGAAGAGGAUAUAUUACGUGUUCCUGUCAUUCUCGCAAUCAUUAAACUACUUCAAUCCUUACCUGAGCAUGCGCUGCACUUACAUCUGCCCGGACUCCUUCUCCGUGUUUGUCACACAUUGAGGAGCAGAGCACGGGAGGUCCGUGAUGCAGCGCGGGAUACGCUUUCAAAAAUCACCAUUUCUCUUGGAACCCAGUACUUCCCUUUCGUACUAAAGGAGCUCAGGAGUUCAUUGACAAGGGGAUACCAGCUCCAUGUACUCGGUUUCACCAUUCAUACAUUACUGGACAAAAUGAGCGACAAUCUGGCAGCUGGAGAACUGGACACGUGUCUUCCAGGAUUAGUGGAGGUGCUCAUUGAGGAUUUGUUCGGAGAAGUUGCUAAAGAGCGUGAGGUGGAAAAGAUUGUCAACAAACUUCCUGAAGCAAAAACAUGCAAAAGUUUUGACACUUUUGAGAUGCUUGCAAAAUUUGCUGGAACUCGGUCGCUGACUCUUUUAAUAUCCCCUUUGAAAGAAGUUCUUGACUCCACUCAAAUUCACAAAACUGCUCGUCGAGCAGAAGAAGUCCUCCGAAGAAUCAGUGUUGGACUGCAAGCGAACGGAAGCAUCACUCCGCAGAUACUCCUUAUGUUUAUUCACGGAAUAACUGGUGAAAAUGUGCGGUUGCUGAAAAAGAAGCAAGAGGAGAAGAAAGCAACUUCAACACCAGCCGAUCCCAGGCUCCACUCGAGUAGCUCGUUGUUGCUACCACCCAACCCUGUUCGUGGAGGAAAUGUCCCUCAGAACAGCAACAAGACAAAUCAUCACAUUCUGGUUGAGUUUGGCCUUCAGUUGCUGUAUACGCUGCUUAAACACGGAAAACUCUCGCCCUCAGACCAGGAACAUCAACAAAUGUUGGAUCCUUUUGUGUUGCUUAUUACGGACUGCCUCAAAUCCAAAUACAACAAGGUUGUAACGAUCUCUCUCCGAUGUGUUAGCUGGCUCGUUAAGUUUCCACUGCCGUCGUUGAACAAGCAUGUUCCCACAGUGGGAAAACUCCUCUUCAACAUACUCAAAAACUAUGCAAAAGCAGGUGCAAAAGUUGGAGAGAACUUUGAAAUGCUCCUCUCGGCAUUUAAGGCCAUGACCGUUAUCAUACGGGACUUCAAGCAAUUUACAGUCGCUGAGAAGCACCUGCAGGUGUUGCUGGGAUUUGUGGAGGAAGACAUUCACGAUCACACCAAGCAAGGAACAGCUUUUCCCCUUCUUAAGGCGAUUCUCUCCAGAAAGCUCAUUGUUCCUGAAAUCUACGACGUCAUGUGGAAGGUUGGGCAGCUGUCCAUCACCGGUAGUUCACCUUCUGUUCAGCUUCAGUCUAGACAGGUCAUGCUACAGUUUCUCCUUGAUUACCCGCUGGGGACCAAACUACAAAGAUAUCUAGAGUUUUAUGUUUCUCAGCUGAGCUAUGAAUACGAAACUGGUCGGGAAUCGGCGCUGGAGAUGUUGGAAUCUAUGUUUUCUUCUUUUCCUAAGUCAAUCUUGUUUGACUACGCUGGUUUUUUCUUUGUACCGCUGUCCUGCCGCCUGGUGAACGAUGACUCAGCCAGUUGCCGUAAGCUGACUGCACUUGCUAUCAAGUCACUUCUUGGGAAGCUUGACGCCGAUCAGCGACAGAAGCUAUUUUCCAUUGUACUCUUAUGGUUCAAAGAUAAAAAGAUCGCUCUUCACCGUCUUGCUGCUCAAGUUAGUGGUCUGUUUGUUGAGGUGGAAGAAAAAGGCUUUGAGAAAAGACUUGGAUCUCUGUUACCACUUGUUAGCUCUCUUAUAGCUCCAGAUCAGUUUGAAAAGGAGGAGCGUGCUGAGGAAGGCGAGGAACUUGACACUUCCGAGGGUCUCCACCGGGUCAAGGAUCACCUCCUUUUUAAUACUCUCUCGUUUUUGGCGAAGGUUAUUCAACAUUGUCAAGUCAAUAAGAAUCCGAGCAGACAACAGGAUAUGACGAAAAUAUGGGAAUCUGUAGAAGUGCACCUGCUUCAUCCUCACUCUUGGGUACGACUGGUGUCCAGUCGAUUAUUUGGUCUGUUACUUGCCGCGUGGAAACCCGAGGACCUGGUAACUGCUUAUCAGAGGGGAAGUUCGUUAAACUCUUAUCUAACAAAUGAUCUACCGGGAAAGGUAUCCAAGCUUUGCGAUGACUUCUGCACUCAACUUCACUCUCCGCUCUUGGAAAACGAGUUAGGAGAGCAGAUUGUCAAAAACUUGGUAUUCCUGGCCAAAACACUGCAACUCUUGGAGCUUAAAAACGACGGGGGAGGUGAAAAUGGACAAGAAAACGAAGAAUGCAUCAGCGCUGGUGAUAGAACCUCUUUCUCGCUGGCAAUCCUUCUCAGUAACAUGAACAAGCUUGCAACUCAAGAAGCCUCUCAAACCCCAAAACAGACACAAAAGAGAUCCUGUGUUUUGAGAUGGCUCGCUGCAGUGUCUUUAAAUUUAGGAAAAGAUGCCAUUGAAUCACAUCUAGUGGAUAUCCUAGGUCCAGUUUACCGAGAGUUGGAAUUAGUCACUAGUUAUAAAGAUUCCGAUUUGGUGAAACUUGCUCAGGAAGUGCUGGAACUCAUCAAAAGUCUUGUCGAACGGGAAACAUUCUCGUGGGCCUACGCCAAUCUUCAGCAAACCGCCACCGAAGCGCGGGAAACGAGAAAGAGAAAGACUGCGCUUGAGGCAGUGGCCGAUCCAGUAAAGAGUGCUCGUAGAAAGCUUAAGAAGAAUUUGGCGAAGAAGGUGACAAGGAAAAGGAAAAUUGAUGCUCACAAGCCGGAAAGGAAGAUAAAAGCGCCCCGAAUGCAGGAACUUUGACUCGUACAAACGCAGCAUUAUUUUUUACCUUGCGCGGACCCAUGAGCUGCAAGCUCCUUGCCAAUUACUGAAACAAAAUCAUUUUAAAAUUUGACGAAAUCAUUUCAUGUCAUAUAGUUUUGCGGUCAAGUGUUUCAGAAAUUACUGUAGCUCUGCUGUCACAUAAAAUGAAUUAAAUAAAACGCCUGUCCGCAGGUUGUCAGUUUGCUAAAAGAAAACCUCAUUAGUUCGAUGCAGCUGGAAUUUAGCACUAUCUUUGUUUUCCUUGCGUUGAUUUAAUUUUCGCCAAUUUCAAGUUAACAUUUAUUAUUCGGAGAUGGGUUAAACUUGAUAUCCGUAAAACAGUGCUCGAUACAUAUGGUAGAGCGAGUAUAACGUGUUUUAGGCAGAAAAAAUCAAUCAACUACAUUUCAUCCUGCAGACCUAUUUCGUGGUUGCCCACUCAUUAUUAUUCUGAGAUGUGUAGAUUCAUGCGUUUUUAAGUUUUUCGCGAUUCUUGCAAACAACAACUGAACGGAAAACGAAACACAAUCAAUGUCUUCGUUUUGUCAGUUGUCUUCGUCAAAUUAUUCAUACUAUGAUAACCACUA